AUGUCGUCGGAAAUUGAGCAAGCAGAAGUUGAAGAAUUGUCCGAGAAAGUUUUAGAGAACGUUGAAGAGCCGGAACAACCUCAGGAUGAAGAAGAUCCAGUUCCCGAUGGCAUGUCAAAAAAGCAAUUACGGCGCCAGAAGUACAAGCAGAAAUGGGAAGAAAAGAAAUUGAUCAAACGAGCAGCAGAAAGAAUCCGAAAAAAGGAGAAAAGAGCUGCGUUGAAGGAAUCUGGAGAUUUAUCAAAACUGAGGAAGAGGAAAGAUUUCCGAACAAUGGCACAAUCAAAUAGCAAGCAAAGAAUCGCUUUGGACAUGUCUUUCGACGACUUGAUGAUUGAAAAAGAUCAAAAACGAACUGUUCAACAGAUUGGAUGGUGUUAUACUUCAAACCGACACAGUCCAAAUCCAUUCCAAUUUCAUGUAGUGGGAUUCGAUGGACCAUCAAGAAAAAUUUACGAUGGCAAUGAGCACAAUCUGAAUCAAGACAUUUUCCUCCAUCACGAAAAAUUGGAAAUCGUAUUCAAACCGGAAGAAAUCGUAUAUUUGACUUCAGAAUCGGAGAACGUUUUGAGCGAACUCGAUGACUCGAAAGUGUAUGUAAUUGGUGGAAUUGUGGAUCAUAACUCUCAAAAAGGGCUGUGUUAUCGUAUUGCCCGAGAGAAAGGAUUUGGUCAUGCGAGGUUACCGUUGGACGAACAUUUACUUAUGAAAACUAGAAGGGUUCUGACUAUUAACCAAGUCUACGAGAUUCUAGUUCAUCACUCUGUGCACAAAGACUGGAAGGCUGCUCUUCUUUCCAUCGUUCCCGAACGUAAGAAUGUACAAGCAAAGGAGGAGGAAGUUAAAGAGGAAGAAGGUGUCGCAGUAGAAAAAUCGGAAGAGCCUUCCACUGAAUCAUCAUCAAAUAACUAA